ACUCUCUAAACUAUUUAAGCUCGAGGAUCACGGAGCGGAAGCUGCAGAGCUCCUGGCUGGCUGCGGGCCCCCGGAAGGUGGAGAAACCACUGCAGGGCCCACACGGCUCUGCGGCGCCCGUGUUCAGCCCUCAGCACGGCCUGCACUGCCUCCACGCUGACAGCAGCCUGCUGAAGCCCAGGGUGGUGACCGUGGUGAAGCUGGGUGGGCACCCCCUGCGGAAGAUCACCCUGCUGCUCAACAGACGUUCCAUGCAGACGUUCGAGCAGCUCCUCGCCGACAUCUCGGAAGCCCUGGGCUUUCCGAGGUGGAAGAAUGAUCGUGUGCGGAAAAUAUUCAACCUCAAGGGCAGGGAAAUCAAAAGCAUCUCUGAUUUCUUCAGGGAUGGGGAUGCCUUCAUAGCCAUGGGGAAAGAGCCGUUGACCUUGAAGAACAUUCAGCUGGCCAUAGAGGAACUGUAUCCCAACAAAGCCCGGGCCCUGACACUAGCUCCACGUAGCAGGGCCCCUUCCCCAAGGCUGAAGAGCAGGCUCUUUAGCAAGACUCUGAAAGGGGGUCAUCCCUCUGGGGAGACGGAGACCACUAAGAGCGGGGCUCAGGCUGCUGGUUCCAAGGUGACCAACGGACCCCCAGCCCGGGAGGACAGGGCCAGGGCCCAGAAGCCCUGGGGGAAGGGAAAGGGAGAGGCUGAAUCCCAUAGCAAGCCCUCCAGGGAGACCACCACGCAGGAGGAGACACAUGAGAGUGGGGAGAAGCACCUGGGGUUGGAGAUCGAAAAGACCUCAGGGGAAAUUGUCCGAUGCGAGAAGUGCAAGAGGGAGCGGGAGCUGCAGCUGAGCCGGCAGCCUCUCGAGAGGCUCUCCCAGGGGACCAGCGAGUUAGCCCUGGGCAGGCCCACGGGGCACAACGUGGAGAAGCUGGUGAGGACCAGGAGCUGCAGAAAGUCCCCCGAGGCGAACCCUCCGGGUGGGGAGGAAGAGUGGAAGGGCGACAGCCACAGGAGCAGCCCCAGGAAUCCCAUGCAUGACCCCAGGAAACCUGGCAAGACGGUGGAGAAGAGGGAGGAGAGAGAGCCGGAGAGUCAGGAGAGCUUCCCUCCGGGAGCGGUCAAGACCAAGAAGGAACUUGCUGAAGCACAGCCAGCCCCAGAGCCCGGGCUGAAGGAAGCCAAGAAAGAGCCCCGUGGGCGCCACAGGCAGGGUGGCUGGCUCCAGAGGGAGCACCAGGCCGAGGACAGGGAGGAGGAGCCCAGCAAGGAGAGAAAGGCCUGUGCGCCAGCAGGGAGGAAAGUGGUUCUUGGGGACAAGGAGCCUUCGCAGGUGGACCCGGAGCCCAAGACUCGGCCCGAAAACAGCAAGCCCGAACGCCCAGCAGGGCGCAAGGCGCGGCCCGCGGGCAUCCUCACCACCGAAGUGGAGAAGCACUAUGAGCCCGGCAGGGUCAUCGGGGAUGGGAAUUUCGCCGUGGUGAAGGAAUGCAGGCACCGAGAAAGCCGGCAGGCCUAUGCCAUGAAGAUCAUCGACAAGUCCAAACUGCAGGGCAGGGAGGACAUGGUGGACAGUGAGAUCGCCAUCAUGCAGAGCCUCGCCCAUCCCAACAUCGUGAAACUGCACGAAGUGUACGAGACGGACACGGAGAUCUACCUGACCAUGGAGUACGUGCCGGGGGGCGAUCUCUUCGACGCCAUCAUCGAGAGCGUGAAGUUCCCCGAGCGGGAGGCGGCGCUCAUGAUCACGGACGUGUGUCGGGCGCUCGUCCACCUGCACGCCAAGGGCAUCGUCCACCGAGAUCUCAAGCCGGAGAACCUCUUGGUUCAGCGAAAUGAAGACAAAUCUACCACCUUGAAGCUAGCUGAUUUUGGCCUUGCAAAGCUCGUGGUGAGACCGAUAUUUACUGUGUGUGGGACUCCGACGUACGUCGCUCCCGAAAUUCUUUCUGAGAAAGGUUACGGGCUGGAGGUGGACAUGUGGGCUGCGGGCGUGAUCCUCUACAUCCUGCUGUGUGGCUUCCCCCCCUUCCGCAGCCCCGAGCGGGACCAAGAUGAGCUCUUCAGCAUCAUCCAGCGGGGACACUUUGAGUUCCUGCCCCCUUACUGGGACAAUAUCUCUGAAGCUGCCAAAGAUCUGGUGAGCCACUUGCUGGUGGUAGACCCCCACAGGCGCUACACGGCCCAUCAGGUUCUGCAGCACCCCUGGAUUGAAGCUGCUGGAAAGCCCAGCCCAGCACACACCCAGAAGGAGGCGUCCCAUAGCACUGAGGGUCCUUUGCGGAGCCAGCACAAGAGGUCUGCCGAGGAGGCGGCGGUGGCAUCUCCACCCCGGACGUCUGUUCAUUGAGACGGGUAGAAGGUGGAGAGAGACAUCAGGAAAGGGGCUCAUCCGAGCUUGGUCACUAAGAGAGAUGCUCAGUGUUUUUAAUAGGGCAUUUAAAAAACAAACCAACCAACAGAGUCUUCCUGUUGAGAGCUGUUGUAACAUAUUUCUAGAUCUGUAUAUAUAUGUAGAAGCCUUUAAUACUUUUUG